AUGGAUUACUUUGCUAUAAAACAAAACUAUUACUCUGGGAACUAUGUUGAUGCCUUGAAGGAGAUCGAGAGUUCUCACGGCUCAGAUAGCGAUGAAACACUAAUUUUUUACAGAUCCAAAGUUCAAUUAGCCCUACAAAAAUAUACACCUGGAACCAAUUCUACUAGAUUAGCGAAAUUAUUCGAUUUAUAUUACUCUUUCCUACAGUCGAAGGAUAUCAGUGAAUUGAAGGCUGAAGUAAACGAAGAAAGCACGAAACCUUAUGAAUUGAAUAUCCUUGCUACUGCAUUAGCCAUCUUAGGCAAGCUCGAUGAUGCUUUGAAGUACUGUGUUAAGGGUAUUGACAGCGAAGAACAAUUAGGAAAGACAGAAUUACUAUUAUGUGCCGUUGAAGUGGCCUUAUUGAAUGGUAAAUUUUCGAUUGCUAGCACCAUCUUUGAAAAUUAUACUUCCCUGGACGAUUUUGCAGUUUCUAGCGAAAAUGAACUAAUAAUUAAUUUGGCUGAAUCUUACAUAAAGUUUGCCACCAACAAAGAUACUACGGGUUCGAAUUUCUACUAUUAUGAGGAAUUAGCUCAAACUUUCCCAACGUGGAAAACUCAACUCGGACUGAUGAAUUUACAUUUACAGCAAGGCAAUAUCGUUGAGGCUCAAGGAAUUGUUGACUUAUUAGAAUCAGACUAUUAUAGUGUCAAUCAAAAGGAGGCAGCUGAUUUGUAUAAACCGCAUUUUUUGGCAAAUAAAAUUACUUUAUCAAUCAUGCAAGGCGCAUCCAAUACUGAGGAUUUGAAGAACCAGCUGGCUGAUUUAGAUCCAGAACAUUCGUUAAUCAAAAGUGAUAAACAAGUAAACGCUAAAUUCGAUGAAAUAGUCGCCAGAUAUAGCUCAUAA